AUGGCGGCGCUGGGCGGGCGCGGGCGGGCGGCGGCCGCGCUGCUGGGGCGGGCACCGGCACCGGCACCGGGAGCGGCGCCGCGCCGGCACCGGCACAAGGAGAAAUGGGCUGCCACGGCCCCACGCAUCCCGGCCACGCGGCUGGCGCUGCACCACUUCGACACGAGCUACAGCCUGCACCUGGGGGCCCUGUGGCCCUCGGUCCGUGCUGGCCUGCUCUGUGAGCAGAAGUACGGGGCCCUCCUCAACAACUUCGCUGCUGCUGACCACGUUCUUGAAGAGCUGGAGCUUCUCGACGCCACCGAUUUCAUUUCUGAGGCUUCCCAGAAGAUGCAGCAAUGGCAGCGGGUUGCAGCUGUGGGGGAAGCGGCCUCAGGGUGCCAGGAGGGCUCUGGUGAGGGCAGGACUGGGAUGCAGGCAGAAAUGGUGACACAGGCAGAGAUGUCCCCACCACUUUGCGCCUCCAUCAGCUCCAAAAUCAAGUGUUACACCUUCCCCAGGGGUGACAUCACGCGCUUUCGCCCUGCACGGCCAGAUGGUCUGGGGCUCCUCGACUAUUACCUCAUGGAUGCAGCAUCUCUCCUGCCUGUGCUGGCACUCAACGUGCAGCCAGAUGACUUUGUCCUCGACCUCUGUGCGGCUCCGGGUGGGAAGACUCUGGCUCUGCUGCAGACUGGGUUUUGUGGGCAUCUGGCAGCCAAUGACGUCUCCGUUUCCCGGACAAAGAGGCUGUACCAGAUUCUCCAUAGCUAUGUCCCCAGAGAAGUCAGGGACACUGUGAGUGUCACGUCCUACGACGGAAGGGACUGGGACCAGGUGAAAGGAGGCACUUUCCAUAAGGUGCUGGUGGAUGUGCCCUGCACGACAGACAGACACUCUGCCAUGGAGGAGGACAACAACAUCUUCCACAAGAGGCGAACCAAAGAGCGUCAGAUGUUGCCCAUGCUGCAGCUGCAGCUGCUGAUGGCUGGGAUCCUGGCGGCCAGGCCGGGAGGAGCUGUGGUGUAUUCCACAUGCUCGCUGUCCCCGCUGCAGAACGAGUGCGUGGUGGAGAGGGCUCUGGACCUGGCACGAGCCCAGUUCAACAUCUGCCUCCACCCAGAGGACUUGAGCCACUUCAGAACGCUCUUCCAGGACACGUUUUCCUUCUUCUUGGACUGCCAGCUUGGGGAGCUUGUCCUGCCUCACCUCACAGCCAACUUUGGGCCCAUGUAUUUCUGCAAAUUACGUCGGGUGUAGAAGGGGCAGCAGAAUGUGUCUGUCUGCUGUCAGGAAAUAACACAAUAUUUAAGGGAAAGCAGAGCUGCUUUAUAUUUAUUUUUCUUUCUAAAAUGUCCCAAAGGAAGCCUGCUUUUUUACUGCAGACAUGGGGAAUAAAUGAGAAAGACCUGC